CUUAAUUGAUAAUUUUUAUCUUCAUCUGACCUAAUUUUUAAAAAAUGGACUCUGCCAACUCUCCCAAUUCUCUCACACCUAAUAGUCAAGAAGCCGACCUCCUUGCUCGCAGUAUCAAACGAAUCAAGGAGGACCCUCCCCCUGCACCUAUUCAAGAUGCUACCAUGUCUAAUAAUGCAGAAGAGAAAUCAUCAGGCAUCUCCUUUGCCACUAUCCCAAGCUACUUGGAGGAAGAUUCAGACGUUGACGAUGAUCCGGAGAGUGAGGUGCCUAUUAUACUGCUGUCUAAAGCAGAGAAGAGGCGUAUCAGGGAACCGUGGGCUAACUCUUUGAUUAUUAAGGCAUAUGCUCCCAAACCAGUUGGCUACAACUUCUUGUAUCCGCAUAUCAAAGCUCAAUGGAAACCACUGGGUAAAUGGGACUUCAUUGAGCUUGGGAAUGACUUCUUUUUGCGUUGGGAACCCAAUUUUGAUCCUAUGUUAGCUACUUUCUCCACUACCGCAAUCUGGGCUAGGUUGCCGCAUUUAUCAGCAGAUCAUUAUGAUCCCAUUACUCUGGAGAAAAUCGGCAACAAAAUUGAUUCCCAUAUACCCAACCCAAGUACCUCUGAAGAUUCUAUGGCUCUCCAAUUGAGUGAUAGAGUUCUUGAUCAGUACGGGCCUUGGAUGCUUGUCGAAAGGAGGAAACCUCGUCGAAACAAUCGUAAGUACAGUAAUUCCGAUAAACCUGAACCAUCGGUGUUAGCUAACUCCCACAUUCCAAUGGACAAGAAUGAACCUACGGCCCCGACCCGCAAGCAUAGUUCGAAAGGCCCAACUGGUUCACAAGGUUCAAAAUCCAUUCAAACCAACGGGAAAGUGUCAGAAGCAUUUAAUGAGAAGGCCAUUGUAACAACUACUGGUAGUUCCCAUAGCAACCCUACACUCCCCCUAGCUAAUUCCAGUAAACCCACUUCCAAGUCUGCCAACAAGGUCCCCCAUAAGCAGCCUUCUCCUAGUUUGGUUCCUAAACCCAAUGGCCCACCCAAGGCCCAAGUCUACAAACCUAAAUCCACUAACAUUGUUGAUACUUCCAAGCCCAUCCCCACACUUGGCAUGUUUGCAAACCCACCUGACUUACAUCCCCCGAUGGAGUCUUCCCCAACAUCCAACCCCCCUCCCUCACCCAACCCCCCUGUUCCUCCUUUUAACUCACAACCCCCGUCUUCCUUCUCUUUAGCCCCUCUCCCCUUUCAGUCCGAUGAACACCCCACCCUUAUUCCCACACAUCCAACUGUGGGAAAUUUUCUUACUAUCCAAUGGAGAUCUAAUUCCAUUCAAUCAAGCCCUCAACAAGAUGUUUCAUUACCCACCUCUGAGAACCCCUUGUUGGUCAGAACCAAGGAUCUUUGUAGCUUGGAGAAAUCCUCUAGUGAACGACCAAUGUCAUAUUCAAGAACUCAUGUCUACCGAAAGCACCAUAAGCCUCAGGGAGAUCAUCACCCCUAUUAUGCCUCAGAAGCUCAUAGCAUAUCCUCUCGUCCGCCACAUUCGCUCGACGUUAUUCAAGGGACCGAUGGGGAACAUCCACAUUCAUUGCAGAUGGCAGAAGAUCAACCGAGCCCCAUUAUGAAUGCAGCCUUGGCCAGGACGCUCCUCAGGGCCAAUAACUCUCGUGUUUGGUCAACGAAGAUCAUAUCUUGGAACUAUCGCAGUGCAGCCAAGCAAAGCUUUCAAUCAAAUGCUAUGGAUCUCAAAAGAAUUCAUAACCCCUGCAUCAUGUUGAUCUUAGAAACUAAAAUUAGCGGGGACCAGGCUAUUGCUAAAGCUAGGGCACUGGACUUUCCCCACUUUCACUGUGUGGACUCUGAUGGGUUAGCAGGAGGCCUCUGGAUCCUUUGGAAUGAUAGCAAGGUUACCCUUGACAUUGUUUCUACUAAUGCUCAAGCUAUUCAUGCCACUGUUAAGGACAUUGGUUAUAUCGGGCCUAAAUUUACUUGGCUUAACAUGAGGAAUAACCAUCAACUUAUUAAGGAAUGCUUGGAUCGAGCUUGGGCUAACCCAGACUGGUGGCUUUUUUUUCCAGAAGCUAAUCUAUAUUACCUUCCUAGAUUUAAUUCUGAUCAUCAUCCCAUCAUGCUGGAUCUCUGUCCUAAUCUGUCCCGAAUGGGACCUAGACCAUUUCGUAUGGAAAAGUUCUGGCUUGAUCAUCAUGAUUUCAGUCAAGUCAUCUCUCCCAUUUGGUCUGUAACCAAUACUAAUUCUACUGAAUCCCUUGCACCGAUUGUCGCUGCCUCUAAGCAGUGGAGCAAGGCUGUUUUUAGAAAUAUCUUUGAGGAUAAGAAAUCUAUUAUCAAAAGGCUCAAUGGGAUUUAUCGUUCUCCUGCUUUUCCUCACAGCUCCUUUUUGGUUCAUCUUGAGAGACAACUUUCUAAGGAGUAUGAGAAUAUUCUUAAGAUGGAAAAGGAUUUGUGGUUUAUGAAGUCGAGAUCUAAUUGGUUGAUUGAGGGUGAUCGCAACACUAAAUUUUUUCACAUAUCAACUGUUCAUCACAGGGCCAGAAAUAGGAUUUUGGGUCUAAAGGAUUCCACUGGCAAUUGGAUCUUUGACCCUCUUGCACUAUCUACUCUCAUUAUGAAUUAUUUCUCUGGUUUGUUCACCACCUUGCAUGAGCUCUCUUACUCUAAUUCUUUUGCAAGUAUUGAUGUUUCCCCUCGAGCCAUCCCCCUUGAGUCCCUCCAGGGUGUCUCUACUAAGGAUGAAAUUUGGGCCGCCUUACAUUCCAUCAAACCCUUUAAAGCCUCUGGACCUGAUGGUGUCCACCCUUUAUUCUUCGAGAAGUUUUGGGAUAUUACUAAGGAUAAACUUUGUACUGAUAUUGUUCAAAUUUUCUCUAGCGGGAUUAUUCCCUCCUCUUGGAAUGAAAGUUUAGUUGUUCUUAUCCCUAAGAAUACCUCUCCGAUCUCAAUCCAAGAGUUUAGGCCCAUUGGUUUGUGCAACGCUACUUACAAAGUAGUGUCUAAAAUCCUUGUUAAUAGGCUCAAACCUUGGAUGGAUAAACUUAUCUCUCCUUGCCAAUCUAGUUUUAUCUCUGGGCGCCAAGGGUGUGACAAUGUGCUGAUUUUUCAGGAAUUGGUUCACUCCUUCACCAAGAAAAAUGGGGCACGAGCCGGUCUACACCUUCCUCAUUCAAAUUCUCUUUUGCUUUCUCAUGCUCUGGAAAGCUCCUCCCUUCAUACCAUAUCUUACCACCUUCCUCGGAACAUUUGGGAUCAGAUUAGAGCUAUACCUUUGUCCCUUGAAAAUCUGGAUACUGAUAUUUUUACUUGGGCUCAUGGCCAAGGUAGAAACUUCUCCUCAUCUUCGGCCUACUGUUUGCUGCUUAAGCUUCCUUCUAAAGGUGUCAAUGAAUGGAACUGGGUUUGGAAGACUAACACCUUACCAAAAAUUCAACAUUUCCUCUGGCUCCUCUCCCAUAAGAGAUUAAAUCUCUUAACUUUCUUCAACGCCUGGGUAUAUGUUCAUCCUCUGUAUGCCCCAGAUGCCAAAGUUAUGAUGAGACCAUCAACCAUAUCUUCAGGACCUGCUCCAGCUCUGGCCAUUGAAUUUUGGUCCUCUCACCAGAUUCCCCAAAGUCUCUACCAAAGAACUCACGGGAUGUUUGCUUGGUCUAAACCGCACUUUCCCACCAUCAAGCUUAACACCGAUGGUUCCUCCAUUGGGAACCCAAGUUUAUCGGGGUCUGGGGGUAUCUUAAAGGACUCUUUAGGCAAUUGGGUUCUUGGUUAUGCUAGGAAUAUUGGUUUCUCUUCCCCUCUUGCUGCUGAGUUAUGGGCCAUAAGAGAUGGUCUUGUUUUGGCCAUCCAAAGGGGCUUCCAUAAUUUAAUUGUGGAAAGUGACUCAAAGGUUGCUGUCCUUCUUCUCACGAAAGGUUGUGUUUCCACUCACCCUCACAGCACUUUAAUUCUUGAUUGCAGGAUGCUCAUGCAGAAAAUUCAUCAGAUACACUUGGUCAACAUUGUGCGUGAACGCAAUAUGUGUGCAGAUCAGCUGGCAAAAAUGGGGAUGCCGCUUUCUUCUUCUUUUUGUAUUUUUGAAUUUUGUCCACCAGCUGUUGCUGGUUUAUGCCUUGCGGAUGCCUAUGGGGCUCAGUAUGUUAGACCCCCUUGAUCCUUUGUAGUUGUAUCUUUCCCCUUUUACCAAAAAAACAUAACUUAAUUGAUGGAGGGAAAAAAAAGAUAAAAAAAUAAACUUUAAGAAUUGCA